AUGGGGAACUCAUCGUCAAGCUCUUCGCGAAUCAACAAAAAAUCAGAGUCGAUGGAAAUUCGAAGCUCGCACAAAUCGAACCGAUCUUCAGUAGCUGUAAGUCUCUUUUUUCUUCUUUUGUUUUUCGCUCAAUUUUCGUCGAAAAAGUUUGUCUCUCGAGUCGCGAGGCACUAAUUAGCAAGUUAUUACGUAGUGGCACGUCAAAACGACCAUUUAUAGGGCGAGUUCAACAAAAGUAAGAGUAUGAUGGAUAUGAGUUCAAAAAGCUCGAGGAUGUCAACGUCGACCACGUCAAGCACGUCGCGCCAGAAAAGCAUCACAAGUAUCAGUAACCGUGACCGACCGAAAAGUGCACGAGAAGCGAAAUUGUGAGUUGGCAGUAAUUACGAGUGUGUCUAAUUUACGUGUUUACAGCCAUGAGAUCUCACGUACAAAAUCGAUGAAGAAGGAUAGUCAUCCGAUUUCAUCACAGGGUCGUGAUAUUAUAUCACAGUGUUUUGACAAUCCACAUUCCGAAUUUGCAAAUAAGGUAUGUGCGGGAGAUGGGAACUAGGAGCUAGACUAGACUUUUCUUUCUUUCUUCAUUCUUCGCGUUAUCCUUCCUUUACGUCAAAAAGCUAUCAAUAGGCCAUGUAGUUUGGUUUUCUGAGAUUUAUCGAUCUCUUCUCUUUUUUCCCCUCUUUCCUAUCUUCUCUGCGAUGAUUUUUUUGACACAGCUUGCUCAUCAGAGAACAGAUACGUGAUCUGUGUGCUUUAUCAUUUUUCUUUUCCCCCCAGCGACUCGCAUAGACAGGGACCAACAGAAAGAUGAAAAGAUGAAAAUAGAAUGAAACAUUUCAGGUUGUGCAACGAAUUUCUGAAAAACGGGAAGACUACCAGAAGUAUUUCAUGAAUUUGGGAAAAGAGCGAAGUUCCAUCGUCAAUAAUCGGCUCAAGUCAAUGGUGGAGGAGAUUGUUGCACAUGUCAGUUCUCUUGAUGCAUUUCCUUUUUCCGGAUCCCGGAUCUCGGAUGUCCGAAUGUCCAGAUCGGCCCAGAACAAUUAGAUUGUCACUUACUCUGGUCAAAGUACACUUUCACAAAAGUAUUUCCCUCUCUCCUGCCAAAAAUGAAAGCGAUGGCAUGUCCCUGGGGAUAGUGUGGGACGAACCCCUCUAAUAAGUUUUCGUUGAACUUUUUUCGAGACCCAAUCUCAUUUUUCAUUUUGACGAAUUUUGAAAAGGGACACUUUGCAACCAGCCGUAACUCUUUUGUCCCCUUCGACACACACAGUUUUUCUCGUUUUUGUCCUCGUCCAUCACAAAGAGACACGAGACGGAGAGGGAAUGAAAAAGAGAGAAAGAGAGCGACAAUCGAUUUGAAUUUAUUGCAGAUUCACGACGCCGAGUUUAUUGAGAGCAUCUCGAAACAAUAUGGUGAAGAGCACGUGGAACUCAAGCAGUAUGGCUUUAAGCCUGAUUUUUGGGUCGCCGUAGCGGAUGCCAUGACAAAAGAGGGCGUCAUUCUGGACAUGGCUAAUCAUCAGGUAGGAUUGAGGGGGGGGUUCAGAAAUAGUUUGUUAAAGGCAAGUGCAAGGGUGAGGGUCCACGUGAUAAUUUGUGGGAAAAUAUUUAAUAAAUGGUAGAUCGCCUUACUUCUUUUACGUCACAUGGCACUGGGAAAGGAAAACAUGUCAUUGGACACUAUAAUUAUUCGUGCAAAACGUCUUGAAAGGGGGCUUGGUUAGUUCACUUUGAUUCUGACGGAAAUACGUGCCUUCUGAUCAGUUUUCACAGAAUUUGCCCAGUGAGCGUUCCCCUUCUCUAUAUUUUCAAGAUUUUCUGAUUUUGAACAGUUUAGCGAAACUUUUUUGGGCUCAAUAAACAUACAAUUUAUUGGAAGUUUAGAGUUCACAAACUUGUAUUCAUUUUUCCGCAAAACUUGACAAUUUCUCAAACUUCUAGCUCAUCUCUAUCGAAAUGUUCUCAUUUUCAGCCGGCCGACACAGUCUCCGCAUGGUCCUCCCUUGCCACAAUGAUUUUCUCCUCGGUUCGUGACGGCUACUACUCAGAGCUACGUCGUCAUAGGAUGAGCUCACGACGAACGUUAAAGCAUCAAAGUACAGUGGAUUCUAGGGAGGAAAAUAAUGAGGUUGGUUAAACAAACAGGCAAUGCUGUGCAUCAAAACAUGCAUGCUGUCUCUCUAAAAUUGGGCGGCAGGGGCACCGAUUUCAUUCGUUCAUUCAUUCGAGAAAGAACAAAAAUAAAAAAGACGCGUAGACAGGAAGGGAGUGGGGGAUGGAUUGAUGGAACGCGAGCACAUCCGUAAUUUCAGCAGUCAUCAGUGGACGAGAGCGGAGUGGCGACGACGGCAGCCGGCAUGUUAGGACAGAGGGACCAUUCAAAAAGCACGGCAGCGGCAACACACUUAGUCGACGAGGGCCCCAGGAACAUUCUGGCCGGAGCGAGGAGGGAUACCAUUCGCAGUAUUUCCACAUAUUCCACAGAAUCCGCAACUUAUUCUGGCAGACGAAACGGCAGUGGUACGGUAGUUUUCUUUCAAAACCUAACCCAACCUAAGAACUGUUUCAGAUGCACCAUCUACAUCAUCCACAACGAGCAGUAUGACCCGACGACCGAUCUUCGAGUAAUUUAUAAUCAAAUGAACGACGACUAA